AACUGAAAAAGGAAUAGAUGCGCUUUCUCAUUUUCAUUUGAAUUUUCCGUAACAGAAAAAAAAACUUAAAUCACGCUUUUCUUGUUGAAGCCAACGACACACUAAAGCCACCCAAGCCGAGGCGUAAAUCCGCCGCAACAACCCUAGUUUCUCUCUCUCCGACGGCGUUGGAUCCUCCGUAACCGUAACGACGAAGCUUUGACUAGUCGCUAAUUAGCUCGAUUCUGUUACUCCCUUUUGAAUUGAAUCUCUUCACAGAUGUCAAAUCCAUUGAAAGAGCCAAGAGACGAUAAUACCUUAACCUCUGUUCGUCAUAUUAGUGAAGAUAAUGAAUACGUUCGCCUUGUUGUUGGAACACAUCAACCUUCUCCACCUGAAACCGUUUUAGCCUUAUCUCAAUCGGAGAUACGGACUAGAAACUUGGUUUGGUGGUUUAAAGCUUUUGCUAUAUUUGUACUUACUCUCUUCCUCACUCUUGUUUUCGCCAAGUGGGGAGUUCCAUUUGUAUUCCAAAAGGUUUUGAUUCCGAUUUUGCAAUGGGAAGCAACUGCUUUUGGCCGUCCUAUGCUCGCUAUUGUUCUUGUUCUUUCCUUGGCUUUGUUCCCUGUCUUCUUGAUCCCUUCGGGUCCUUCCAUGUGGUUAGCUGGGAUGAUUUUUGGUUAUGGUCUUGGUUUUGUUAUUAUUAUGGUUGGUACCACCGUUGGGAUGGUUCUUCCUUACCUUAUUGGGCUAAUGUUUCGUGAUCGUCUCCAUCAAUGGUUGAAAAGGUGGCCUCGUCAAGCUGCUGUUCUUAGACUAGCAGCAGAAGGAAGCUGGUUUCAUCAGUUCAGAGUCGUGGCGAUCUUUCGGGUUUCGCCAUUUCCUUACACCAUUUUCAACUACGCCAUCGUUGUGACAAGCAUGAGGUUCUGGCCUUACUUGUUCGGUUCCAUAGCGGGGAUGAUACCUGAAGCUUUCAUCUACAUUUACAGCGGUCGAUUGAUCAGAACAUUCGCGGAUGUGCAAUACGGACAUCAACGUUUAACAACAGUAGAGAUAGUGUACAACGUAAUCUCCUUGAUCAUUGCGGUUGUGACGACUGUAGCUUUCACUGUGUACGCUAAAAGAGCUUUGAGAGAGCUUCAAAACGCAGAAGCUAACGAAGAUGAAGAGGUUCAGGUAAAGAAACAGGGGAGAUUCGAGAUGAAGAGCGUUGAAGAUAAUCAUAGGCGUUUUGGUUCUUCUCAUGCAUUGCCCUAACUCUCAGGGAAAGAGAUUAAAAUCUAGAUUUGUAUAAAGGUUUAAGGUUGGUUUGUUAUGCAGCAGGAGUAAGUAAGAGUAAAUAACAAAAAGGGGAAUGAAUAUCCGAAUAUGCAGUCUGAUGUAGUAAACCAGGAAAGACUAAUCAAAGGUUGAUUUUUAAUAUUAGUGUUGCUGAUUUCACUUGUUGGAAUAAUUAGAAAGCAAUCGUUUCAUUUGGUUUUUUUAUAAAACAAAUUCCAGUUGAAUAUUUUGGAUUAGGA